CAAAAACCUGUUCCAGUCCUCUCCAUCUCCGUCCCCGUCUCGACGCAGGGUGUCUGUCUUGCUUCGUCGAGGCAGGAGUGUGUUUUCAAACAAGUAAUUUCCCUCUCGCCUGUUCCCACACUUGGUCAACUUCAAUUGCUCUUGUUAUCGGAGGAAAUUGGCCCUUGCACAUUUAUAUCAUAAGUCUUGACCCGCCCCACGUACGAACACACGCGGGCACACACACACACUCACGCACUAAAAGCUAGAGGGGCUAAGAAAGAUAUCUUGAAAUUAAGGGGAAAAAAGGAUAGGGGCUAAGUUUGCGCUUCCAACAGGAACCCUGAAAACCAGUCGAGUCGCUCGUCCGGGACCCAAAUGAACUCGUCGCCGCAAUUCGAUCCAACUGCGAUGUUUGGACUUACUGGAGCCUCCCCCGGGGUGAAUAGUGAUGGCUUCGAUAUCUUCCAAUGGCACCCCCACUAUCAGAAUUGCCAGCGCUACUUCCUCGACCAUGCACAACAUAGUACCACCGUUCAGGCACUUUCAACAUUCUUAAAUAUUCGUCUCCCUUUUCAACGUCAACCGCACCCCGUGUUCAAUUCUUCCACCGAUCACACGCCAACGGCUAGUACCACACCUGCGUCAAUUUCCAAUUCAAAUCCUCCCCCGUCUGUCUCUUUGAUCCCGUAUAUUCGUCGUCUUGUGGCGACGGGGAUGGAUUUCCCGGGUGUACUACAUGGAUUCUUUGGCGACGAUUGGGGGUCUGGUAUUGGAUUUCUGCAUGAACAAGAGCGUCGUAACUAUCUUUUCGCUGCGAAGAGUGGCGGCUGGGCUUGUGUGAAGAAAGACUACGAUAUCUCUCCUUUGGAGACCAUUCCUUUCUUGCGUCCUUUGCAAGGACCGUUGGAUUCAGAGAUUGAAGCGGCCGAGAGGAGCUGGAGUGAAUGGCUUGCGAUGGAAGAUUGGAUGGUUGGACCACGGGCGCCUGACAUCCUUCGCGACUCCUCCUCGCAAAUGUCGCGACCCCGGAGUUCGCGAGGUUGACUUUGAUAUAGCCCUUUUUCUUCAUUCAUAUCUAUCUUUCCUUCCCUUUUUUGGAUAUCCAGCGCAGAGCGAUACUACGGAGUUCUAUGGAAUCAUCGAUAUAGCGAUUCUUCACAUCACGAGAUGACGACCAUACGAUCAUAUAAACUUUGAAGAGCGAUAGGCUUCGUGGCCCUCCU